AUGAUUAAGUUUUCGGUAGUGACCCUUGCCCUGCUGGGUGUUGCUUUGGCUUCCAAUUACAACGGCAUCGGUGCUGGUUUGAUUGGUGGUUACGGUGGCGGCUUGGUUAGAGGAAUUGGUCCUGUUUAUGGUGGUCUUGGGCUUGGUGGUCGGUGGAUCGGAAACGGACUCGGUGGAGCUGUCAUUGGCGGCUACGGCCCCGGAAGCUCGGUAUAUGGUCCUGAUUACUACUCAUAUCCGAGGUACAACUACGAAUAUGGAGUAAAAGACUACCUUACCGGAGAUAACAAAGGUCAGUGGGAGGUACGCGAUGGAGAUGUUGUCAAGGGAGAAUACACUCUCGAUGAAGCCGAUGGAACCAAACGCAUCGUUCAGUAUUAUGCCGAUGAUACGAACGGAUUUACAGCUAACGUGAAAAAUGUCGGGCAAGGGGGAAUACUAGGAAUGCUUGGUGGUGGAGUACUGGGCGGACUAGGAGGUGGCCAUUUAGGUGGCUACAGUUAUAGUAAUGUGAACAAAUACCUCUGA